CUAGAGCUAUUAUAUAUAAUAUAUAUCCAUGGUAAAAAUAAGUGUAUAAAUCUACUAAAGUACAUGUACUUCAAUUUGCAUUUCACUGCAAGUCGGAUAUUAAAUGACGGUGGUUGAGUACAUAAAAUCACAUGAAAAGUUAUAUUUGAUUCACCGGGAUACAUUUUUAUUGAUAUUUCAAGUUACCAAUGGCGAGUGAACGUUACACAGUUCCUGUUGAUACAGGUUGGGCUUGGAUAGUUCUUGCAGGUUGUGUUCUGGAGAUAACUGUUUAUGGUGGAAUUAUGAAGUCGUUUGGUAUUUUCUUCAUACAGUUUCAGCAGAGAUUUAAAUCCAACACUUACGAGACUGCGGUAAUGGGCUUGAUACAAAACGCUACACUCAGCAUUUGUUCUGUUUUUGUAAUGACCGUUGGUCUUCAGAAGUUCAGCAGUCGGGUGUCUGUUUUCACCGGAGGUGUAUUAACAGUGGUUGGAUUUCUGCUGACAGCGUUCACUACUGAUUUAGCAAUGUUUUAUUUUGGACAAGGAUUUUUAUUAGGUUUUGGAAUGUCAUUGAUCCAUGCACCGGAACUUGCCAUUUUAGGGACUUACUUCAGAAAGCACAAAGCACUGGCAAAUGGUAUAUUCACAGGGGGUGCAUCAAUAGGUGGACUCAUAUUCGCACCUAUCAUUGUAGAAUUAUUUGAGGAGUAUAAUUAUACGGGUGCCAUGUUGAUUAUUUCAGGUCUUUUAAUGCAUAUUUGCGCAGGUGCUUUACUUAUGCGACCACCUGAAUUUUAUACUAAAAAGGAAAAUAAAAUUGAAAAAGUUUUGGACUAUGACAGUGAAGUGAAUAUAGACAUCAGAGAAAGUAUGCCGUGCAUUGAUAUUAUAGAAAAAGGAGUACCGGCCUCUAUCAAAGAGACAAGCUCUUUACAUGAAGACAGAACAAGGCUUACUCGCUCAGUAGAGCUUGUUCCAGCUGAGCUUGUGACAGCACAGGAUAGCCUUAAUGGCGGCACAAAAAAUUCAAAAUGUACACAGGAGAUUGCAAGGAUACGUGCCUAUUCUGUUGGCAGUAAAGCUAGCAAAUCACCUCGUUGUUCAGGCGGUACAACAGACCAUAUAAAUAGAAGUCAUGAAGGCAAAUUACAUGCUUUUUCGUGCGCCAUACCAAAUUCGCAAGUGGCACUUUUUGUAAACUUGGGCGAGCCGUGCUUCAGUUCUUUACCUAACGUUACACAUCAUGAAAAACACAAUGAUUGUGCAAAAUCUAUCCGGCACAGCAACAAAGUUUCUGAACUCGGCUGUUUUUCAUCCAUUAGAAUGCGAAUAGCAUCUGCCCUUAUAACUAUAUUCGAUCUUCAUUUAUUACGUAAUCCAGUGUUCUUGACCUUCUUACUGUUAACAUUUACCUCAAUGACCGCGCAUUUCAUUGUACCAAAUUUUAUUCCUACACACGCUAAAGAAGUUGGAACUUCGAAUGAAAACAUUGGAAUUCUCAUUGCUGUUUUAGCAGCCGUAAGCCUCUUCUCAAGAAUCUGUAUCGGAAUUGUUGUCGACCGGAUGUGGUUGAGUUGGUCCACUGCGAUUGCGCUGACGUCAUUUGUAACCGGAACUGCGUGUCAUUUACUCAGAUUUGUCAAUGACUUCCCUGCUCUUCUGAUUUUUGUUGUAACUGUUGGGCUUUCUAGUGGCCAGUACCAUUCUUUGUAUGCCGUUAUACUUUUAGAUGUCAUUGGUCCCGAAAAGUUCAACAGUUCUCUUGGAUUUGGAACGCUGAUUCUCGGGGCUUCGUCUGCAGUGUUCUUUCCUAUAACGGGUAAACUUCGGGAUAAUUACGGUUCUUAUAUAGCACCUUACCAUCUUCUUGGUGGUCUGGCAUAUUUCUCUGGGAUUCUUGUACUAUUAAUGCCAAAAUUGAAAACUUGGCAUGAUUCUAAAAGAUCACGUGCCGGAAGUUAACCUCGGCGUUCAUUUUUUUGUUUGAACAAAAUAAAGUACAUAGUGGAAAGUUUGAAUCUUGUCACAAGAUGCCCCUCCAUUGGUUAUUCGAGGCACAAAAUGACACCUGCAUAGAACCACAAAAAAAGCCCGUGUUCAGCUGUUGAGACUCUGAACAGCAUUUCAGCCAUUUACCAGCAAACCGUACGAGGACAGUAUAUUGUACCUGUGUAUACAUUCUGUUCUUGACGUAAAAAUUAUGGUACGGUAGCUGAUUUGAGUCAUACAGAAUAUUUUAUUACAUGAUUUACUUGAACCAAUGGAACGAUUAUCGCAGUCAGUUGAAGUCACGGAAAAUAUAUGCAGAAUGUUAGGGAUUCAAUCGUGGAUACAUGUACAUAUCUUCCUUUUUAUACUAUUUGGAACACAUUGCCAAUCACCAGUAAUCAUCUCGGAAGCAGUACGGGUUGAAAGUAGUUCUUCCACUUGACUUUUGUUUACAGUGGGUUUUAUCCGUGUAUAAUCUUUGCGUAAGGAGUAACAAAGCAAUUAUUGGACAUGCUUAGGAAAAUAAAGUGUAUUUCGGUUAUAUUAUGAUUGAAAAAAUAUUUUCAAAAAAUUAGAAUAAAAGAAUUCCUCCUGAAAUACGAUAUAUAAUGAAAUUCUAAAUACAUGUAUUGUCA